AUGGAUUACGUGCCCACCAAUAUCCCGGAUGUCGAUGAUCCCGACAAGGCGGGGAGGGAGGAUGUUCAUGCUUUUGGGCCGGUCAUUGGGGCAUAUGACAAGCUGGCUAUUGCCUUCGGCUACACACCUGUGAAGAAGGAGACUCCAAAACGUGAGCACUGGCCCAGAAUAGCUCCAGAGCUGCAGAAUAUCUUGAAAGAGGCUGAGGCCUAUGAGGCUCCAACCGGCGAGUGCUUGACCAAAGUUUGGCAAAGUGUUCCAGCAGGGCUGAAUAACCAUGCAGAUUUUGGAUAUUGUUGA